AUGGGAGCACCUCAUGCGAAGUACACCGAGAUCCACGAGCAUGACGAGCAGCCAAAGAUCACCUGGAGGAGCUAUGUGUGGGACAGCCUCGACAAGUCUCCGGAGGAAAGAAAGCUUGUUUUCAAGUUGGAUGCAUUCAUUUUGACAUACGCAAGUAUUGGGUAUUUCAUCAAGCUUCUUGAUCAAACGGCUCCAGUCAAUGCUUUUGUAUCUGGAAUGAAAGAAGAUGUCGGCCUCUACCAAAACGAGUUCAACUACAUGCAAUCCCUCUGGGCAAUUGGCUAUGUCAUCGGCCAUGUUCCCAGCAACAUGCUUCUUACACGCAUCAGACCAUCGCUGUGGCUGCCCAUCCUCGAAGUGUCCUGGUCAGUCCUGACAUUGUGUACGGCCAGAUGCCGAACAGCAUCACAGUUAUACUGGAUCCGCUUCUUCGUGGGACUGCUGGAAUCUGGCUUUUAUCCGGGCCUUCAAUUCAUCAUUGGAACCUGGUACAGGAAAGAUGAAUUAGCGAAGCGCUCUAGUAUCUUUCAGUGCUUCGCUCCGUUAGCCACGAUAUUUAGCGCCUUUCUCAUGAGCGGCGUGUACAAGCUGGACGGCGUUGGUGGAUACCGAGGAUGGCAGUGGCUCUUCAUCGUCGAUGGUCUGCUCUCCCUUCCAGUCGCCCUUGUUGGCUUUGUCAUGCUACCAGACACUCCCGAGACUACUCGUGCUUGGUUCCUCUCCCCGGAGGAGCGUGUUUUCGCUCGGAAACGAAUGCAGCUCGAAGGUCGGAAAGGCCGCCAACCCUACAGUCUUGCUAAGUUUAAAAAAAUCUUCGGGAGUUGGCGAGUAUACGUACUGCCAUUACUUUUCAUCCUAUACACCAACGGAACCAAUGGUAGAGCUGGGGCUUUUGUCCUGUGGCUAAAAAGCUCCACGGAACCGAAAUAUGAGGUCUGGCAGGUCAAUAUAUAUUCAACCAUCGCGGGAGCCGUUGAGGUGGCUGCCACACUGAUAUUCGCAUGGACCUCGGACACAGUCUUCCGCGGCAGACGAUGGCCUGGCAUAGUGUUUGCCGGAGGCUCAAACAUCAUCAUCUACAUCUCCCUUGCGAUCUGGGAAAUACCGCUCAAAUGGAAGUGGGCAUGCCACUCUCUCGCAGGCAUAGGCUACGGUCUGGCUGGUCUUCUCUACGCAUGGGCUCACGAGCUUUGUUCCGACGACUUCGAGGAGCGGGCCUUGAUCACGGGAGCUAUGAAUGGCAUGGGAUGGGCGGUCGGGGCAUGGUUACCUUUGAUCGUCUGGCAGCAGGUCGAAGCUCCGCAGUUUCGGAAGGGAUACAUCACAGCGACCUUGCUAUCCGCGGCGAUGAUUGUCAUGGCCCUUGUGGUGAAGAAGCUGCAUGAACGGCAAAAUCAGAAGUGA